UGGUCACAUGACUUGUACGCGGCUCUGACAGUCGCCGGAAGUGAGAUAAUUUCUUCUAAAAUGGAAUGUCAGUUUCUCGGAUAGGAAUUGUUGAGCUUCUGGUGUUUGGAUGGGCUUACAAGGAAGAAAUUAUGAAACUUGUUUAGGUGGAGAACCUAGUAAUGAUGAAGUUGAAGGAAAAGUCAAGGUAGCAAUUCCACUAUAUUGACCAGACCAUUAGUUGUUUAAUCAAUUCCAGCCAUACGUUUUUUUACCUGUUUAUCAUCAUACUACAUGUGCCACCACCAGCAUGUUCUUGUAUCAGAGCUAAUGAUGGGGCUCGGGCCAUUAGAAGUAGUCGCAGAAAUCAGCAUAAGAACUUGGCAGUCUGUAGUGCAUUUGGUUCCUGUUGGUACUAAUUGUUUGGGGUUAAACCAAAAACCACUUUCAGCUUGAAAACAAAGAUGUAGGUUUUAAAAUGGGACUUAGUGGUAAUCUGUUUGUGUAAUGGCUUCAGUAUUUGUUUGAUGAUAGAGUGAUGCCUUUGUAUGCGUCUUGAACAUUGAUUUCUCCGAAAUUCGCACUUGCUAUAUCACGCAAUGGACAGUGUAGCACACAGCACGACCAAUUACCCAGUCCCACAACCAGCAGUGAGCCCCUCACGACGAUUUCACGUCCUGGAAAUCAGUGGCUUGAAUUUAGAAAAUGAUUCACCCAUGGAGAAAGAAAUGGAUGAACAGGGGCAAAAAUACCUGGACAAAAAAUCAAGUUUUAGUGCCACAGGCCGGGUGGCAAGUAUUAAUACAGCUGAAAAAUACCAAAAAUCUGCAAAAGCCGUAGUCCCAAAUGAAUUAUUACUGUCUCAUAGCAAUUAUAAGAGUGUUUCAUGUAAAGGUGAACAGAGUUCCGACUUAACCAAAGAUAUGCUUGUUAAAACAAAAAAUACGAUUAAUACAGAAAAGAAUGAAUGCAAUGUUGAGAGGCACCACUCCGAUGGAGCUAGACACAAUGCCUACUGUGAAAUGACCUUCAAAAGGUCGGCAUCGUCGCCAAAUCAGCUUGAGGUUCAUGGUGCUAAUGUUUACAAAACUAUCACUGCCACAAUGGACAAUCUAUGUUCAGCCUUAUCUGACGACUGUGAUGAGACUUCAAUGGACAGAAAAGAGUCUGCCGAGUCAGGAUUUGAAGAGCAGGCAGCCAAUUCUGACACUGGAACUUUAGAAAAGAGGAAAAAACUCCAGGGCGAUCCCACUAGCGUUUCAGAUCUUUCUGAGGUGGGUUCAGACGACGUGUUGGGAGCCCUGGCUGUGUCUCAGGUCUCGAACAAAGGCGGAAACUUGUCAUCGCCUUCGGACCGAGCCUCUGAGAUGUCGGAGAGUACUCUGCUGCAGCUUGAGUCUGAGCCUCUGCUAGAGGAUACCUCAAGCAGUCUGUCAUCCUCAUCAUCGGAAGAUAUAGACAUUGACGAACUUACGCACGAGAUGAUAUUUGAGCGAAGUUUGUCCGACUCAGGUGGUAUGUCGCCUGUUUAUCACAAGGAAGUCAGGGGUUUAUCUGCAAGCAAAAGUGCUGAAAAGUUUUUCUAUCGAAAACCGAUUCUACAUAUACAUGGUAUCAAUGAUCAACAAAAUGUCAGGGUAAGCCGAAGUCAAGAGAACUAUGUUGGGAAUGGUUUUACAUUUGUAGACAUUGAUUUGGAUGACACAACCUACUCGUUGGAUCAGAUUCCAACGACUCUUGACACGCCAGAUACGCCAACAACCGAAUGUACUGAACCUUUUGGUUCUAUUGUGUCAAGACCUGUAGAGUGCACAACUUCAUAUGCCUCAGCAGUCAAACAAUCUUCUUUUCAAACCAGUGUUCAAAGUAAUGAAAGCCAUGACUCAAAAUGUUUUGUCCCAGGAUUUAUCACCCUUGACAAUAGGUCAUUAAAUGAAAAAAGGGAUCUGAAUAAUGUUGCUAUUGCAUAUGAUAGAUCUGUGAACUCUGAAGAAAGUUCUACUGAAAUGUCACAUGAAUCUCAGGGGGAUGGUGCUGAUAGUACCGAUGAUCCCGAUGGUGCUAUCGUAGAUACUGAAGACAUUUCUGCUGAUUACAAUGACCCAGAGGAUAAUAACGAAUAUGACCAAGAUGAGGAUGCUGACUGUGUGCUUGUAAUUCAGGAGGGACUGUUUGCCCUCCCAGCGACAAAAAGUGUCGACCUUCCGUCGGCCCAGAGGCUAGCCAAACGCUUGUAUAAUUUGGAUGGAUUUCGGAAAUCUGAUGUGGCCCGACACCUCUGCAAAAAAAAUGACUUCAGCAUUACAGUGGCAGAGGAGUACCUUAAGUUCUUCGAUUUCACGGGAAACACGCUGGACGUGGCCCUGCGCAAGUUCCUCCGUCAGUUCUCCCUUAUUGGGGAGACGCAGGAGCGAGAGCGAGUGCUGGCCCACUUCUCGAGGCACUUCAUGACAAGCAACCCAGGCACAUAUAACUCUGAAGAUGCCUGUCACACACUCGUUUGUGCCAUUAUGCUAUUGAACACAGAUCUUCAUGGGCAGGCUGUAGGCAGGAAAAUGGCCUGUGCAGAGUUUAUUGAAAACUUGACAGAUCUCAAUGAUGGUGAAAACUUCCCUAAAGAUGUCCUCAAAGCCAUAUACCAUGCCAUCAAAGCAGAGCCGAUAGAGUGGGCACCUGAUGACAGCAUACCGGAGCCUGAGCAGGGGCCAGUUCUUGACCCCAUUGUAUCCAGUCUACCUAACUUACCUGCAGCCAUAGGAGGAAACCCCUUCCUUGAUAUCCCCGAUCCAGAAAAUACCACAGCCUACAAGAAGGGAUACAUAAUGAGAAAAUGCUGUGUAGACCCUGAUGGAAGAAAAACGGCGGUUGGCAAACGGGCCUGGAAGAUGUUCUACGCGGUGCUAAGAGACAUGAUCCUCUAUCUGUACAAGGACGAACAAGCCCUGAAGAAAUCUGGGAACAUGGGGUCACACAAUGCCAUUCGAGCGCACCACUGUUACGCCACUAAGGCCACAGACUACAGCAAGAAACAGCACGUGUUUCGUCUGCGCACCGCUGAUUGGGCCGAGUAUUUGUUUCAGACGUCCAAUACCAAAGAGUGCGAGGAGUGGAUUAAUGUUAUGAACUUUAUAGCAGCCAGUCUCUCUGCGCCGCCGUUGCCGGGGGCGGUGGGAUCGCAGAAGAAGUUCCAGAGACCUCUCCUCCCAGCAACGUAUACCAGACUGACGAUGGCGGACCAGUUGAUUUGUUUCGAGGAGCACCUCAGUCAGACGGAGCUGGAUCUGCAGGAGCACCGCCAGUUCCCGCCUGAGAAGGGCUCCAAGGCCAGCAUGAUACAGCACUACAUUGAAAAGGAGACGUACCUGACAUUUGAGAUCGAUCGCCUCAAGGAAUACUGCUACCUUCUGAAGGCCAAACUGCAGGCCCAGUCACAGGAGCGGUUGGACGCGUCGCUCGUGGAAACCACGAUAGGGGAGGACGAAGAGGGCAUCAACAAGUCGAAACGGUUGGCAACCGUUAGUGCGGCCAACGUUGUGGGCCUUAAGAGAGGCCCUGUGCAACGAAGUGCUUCUGAUAGGGAACAAAUUGAGAGCCCAACAUCUGAGGAAAACAUGGAGAAUUCUGACUCGAAUGGUGUUUUACAAGACCCAGAAUAUAACGAACAUGGGGAGCUGGUACACUCGGAGACUAUUGAUACGAAACUAUAGCGUCAUACUCUCCUUCAUACAUACAAUGUCAAUGAAAUUUACGUUUUUCAUUUACGGUCUUGGCUGUGUUAAAAUCCUCACCUACAAACUGACUUUGUGAUAAUGACAUGCCAUCUUUAUGAAUAACAUGCCUGUGCUAGAGGAGGAACGUUUAUAAUUGAGCCGUGUUCUGUGAAAAAGGAGUUUAAUGCAUGUGCGUAAAGUGUUGUCCCAGAUUAGCCUGUGCAGUGCACACAGGCUAAUCAGGGACGACACUUUCUGCCUAAACUGGAUUUUCGCUAUCAAGAGACUUAUUUAAACAAAAAUACCACAAAAGCAGAAAGUGUCGUCCAUGAUGAGCCUGUGUGGACUACACAGGCUUAUUUGGGACAACACUACGCACAUGCAUUAAACCCCUUUUUCACAGAGCCAGGCUCAAUUGAAGACUACCACUAUAUUAUAUACCUAAUAUAAACGUAAGUCUUGUGAUAUCAAGGUGAUAGGGUUUGAUACGUGUACCUCAGCUUUAGCAACUGUCACAUUUGCAACAUUUUUCACCAUCAUCUUCAUGUAUAAAAACCCGUUAAGAUCCCUUUACUAUUUCAAAGUAACAUUUUAAAUACCUUCCGUCCGCAGUAGGAUUUUAGAUCAUAGGGCUAUUGUGAAUAGUAUAUGAGAAGCUUCAUGCAAAAAUGGGUCUUAUGACAAUAUACCCAUUUUCAAAAAUGCUGCUCAAUUAUAUAGCAAUAAUGUGCCAAUGUCUGUGCUACAAUAUCGUGCAUGACUUUAGACUCCAUGAUAAUGAUGCAUGCAUGUCACAUGGCCAUUUUGUACCACUUUGUGUUUCCGUAGGUGCGUAACUUUAUAUUUUCAAUUGAAUCUGUAAUAUAAACAAUGCUUUGAAGAAAAAAUGCUGACAACUACAGCUUUUUAAUGAUUUCGUAUGCUACAACAUAAGGGCUUACAGCUUCAGGUAUAAAAACAUAGGAAAUGUCAUAGGUUAUCAAGAAGAAAAUGGAGACAACUAUUAAAGGUUUAUAAGACAGGAAAAGUUAUUUAACUACCACAAAAGAGGCUGACACAGACAACAAAGUCAAGAUGCCAUAGGUUGUCAAGAAAAAGAGUGUUAUCGUAAUUAAAUGAGGACCAUAGUCAGCAAGAAACAAAGAUUAUCAUCUCUGUUAUGUGGUUAAUUGGAACAAUUGAUGAUGAAUUUAAGCAAAACAAUCUCCUUGAAGAAGCUGUCCAUGCGUAGUCAAUAUAUCGAGGGUUUACAAGUAGAAAUUAACUUAUUUAUAAGGGUUAUUAAAUCUUAACAUUUUUCUGUCUUUUUCCUUUUCACCAGUUUUGCACAAUUAUUAAUGCAUACAAUAUUAUUUAUGUGCUGAUGCUACAGAAGUUAGCCAAUGUCUCAAUAAGGUAACCAUUAAGGAACUCAGUAGUGUAAAAAUGUUAACAUUGCCAGGUUUUUAUAUUGGAAUCAUCUUGCCUGUUGAAAGAAAACUUUUUGAAAGUCAUAUAAUAUAGGAAUACCUUUAUAUAAUAUAAAAGACACAAUAAUAAUGAAACUCAACAAUGUGACCCCUUAGAUGUGGACCCUACCCCAGAUUCAUAAUGUUUAUGAGCCGUGCUCUGUGAAAAAGGGGUUUAAUGAAUGUGCGUAAAGUGUCGUCCCAGCUUAGCAUGUGCAGUCCACACAGGCUAAUCAGGGACGACACUUUCCGCUAUUAUGAUAUUUUUCGUUUCCAGAAAGUCUUUUGUUAGCAAAAAUCAAGUUUUUGCGGAAAGUGUCGUCCCUAAUUAGCCUGUGCGGACUGCAAAGGCUAAUCUGGGACAACACUUUACGCACAUGCCCCUUUUUCACAGAGCACGGCCCAUAUGUUUGUAAAAGGACCAGUGUACAUUAUUUUGUUUCUCUUAUGGUCUGAAGCCCUUGAACCCAAAAACUUAUGGUAAAUCAUAUUAACUGUGAAAAAUCUAAAUUAAGUUCCAACAUGUUUAGCCUUUUUAGGAAGCUCAAAUUAGAAUUCAGAAUGUUUUACAUAUUCAUUAAAUUUUGAAAUUUGCUGUUAUUGAAGAUGAAUAUGUUAACCAUAUUUCCUGAUAUUUAUAGACAUGUAACAUAACCAAGUCCCACGUUUUGUAUAAAUUUGUAAAAUUGUUGUCAAUAGCUUGUUUGUCCUAUUUGUUUUGUUUCUGUAAUAUUUAGAUUUUAUUUUUGUUAUCAUUUUUAAUAGUUUACAUGUUUUACAAAGAAUGCAGUUUAGUUCAGGAUUAUCAUUUAAUUAUCCCCUGCCAAAGGCGAAGGAUCAUAUAGAAUUGAAGUUGUCCAUCUGUCCGGCUGUCACAAAACUUUUUAGGGCUAUAUCUCAGAAACUAUAUAUGAUAUCAACCUGAAACUUCAAAGGUGAAUAGAUAUCAAUGAAGAGAAGUGCCAUGCACAAGAACCAUAACCCUACACUUUCAUUUAAACGAGUUAUUGCCCUUUGUUUUGUUUUUUUGUAAGAUGAAAUUUAACAGGUCUAUAGCUCAGAUACCAUGCCAGAUUUUAACAUGAAACUUCAUGGGUUUAUUGAUAUUAAUGAUAAGUGCAAUACUUAAGAGCCAUAACCCUUCACUUUCUUAACUAAGAGUUAUUGCCCUUAGUUGUUUUUGUAGGAUGGAACUUUUCAAUGCUAUAUCUCAGAUACAAUGCACCCUUUCAACAUGAAACUGCAUGGGUGUGUAGAAAUCAAUCGGAAGAAGUGUCCUGCACAAGAACCAAAACGCAGCACUUUCUUAACUAACAGUUAUUGUCCUUUGUGUUUUUUGUUUGAUGUACCUUUUCAAGGCUUUAUCUCAGAUACAAUAUUUCAACAUGAACCUACAUGCGUGUGUAGAUGUCAAUGAGUAGAAUUGCAAUUUAUAAAAACAAUGAUCCUACACUUUAUUAAUACCUAUUGCUCGUACCCUAGGCUUAAUGAUUAUACUGUAUAUCAAGGGAUUUGCACUGAUGCAUACACAAAGUUUAUUUGGCGGGGGAUAUCAAUUCGAUGAAUUUGCUUGUUUGUUAUAAUUUUAAGCUAUUUAUUUUUAUCAAGUCGAGACAAAUAAAUUUGUAAACUUUUAAAUUAUUACUGUUUAAAUGCAUAUAUGAAACUAUAAACCAAUGCCUUGUUGAAAAAAGCAAACAAAUAAGUGAUUGAAUGUUUUUAAAUAUUAUACUAAUAAAAAAAAAAUGUUUAAAAUAAUGUUUGAGCUUGACUUUAGGCAAAUCAUUUUUCUUGCCCCUAAGUGAACCUUUGAGCAAGCUAAAGUGUUUUGGUAGGCUAUUUUCUCAAAGAUGGUGUUAGGGAUUUUAAUUAAAUAUAAACAUGGAUAACCCGUUAUUUAAAUGAAUCCAUCGGGUAAUUUUUUUUUAAUAACUGGCCGUUUUACUCCUCAAUUUUAAUUUACACAUACAGUGUAAAACUAGGCAUGUUAAAGCGUGUUGGUAAGCUAGUUUUGUUGGAAUGGCUUGAUGGAUUUUAUUGCAACUUAAAACAUGCAUUUUCUAUAUAAUAUGGCAGCAGGGCCAAAUUUGGUGCACGUUUUGAAUAUUUAUGCCCCCCUUCGAAGAAGAGGGAGUAUAUUGUUUUGCACAUGUCAGUAGGUCGAUCGGUAGGUCCGUUGGUCCGUCCGUCCACCAGAUGGUUUCCAGAUGAUAACUCAAGAACGCUUAGGCCUAGGAUCAUGAAACUUCAUAGGUACAUUGCUCAUGACUGGCAGAUGACCCCUAUUGAUUUUUAGGUCAAAGGUUAAGGUCACAGUGACUCGAAAUAGUAAAACGGUUUCCGGAUGAUAACUCAAGAACGCUUACGCCUAGGAUCAUGAAACUUCAUAGGUACAUUGAUCAUGACUCGCAGAUGACCCCUAUUGAUUUUCAGGUCACUAGGUCAAAGGUCAAGGUCACAGUGACUCGAAACAGAAAAAUGGUUUCCGGAUGAUAACUCAAGAACGCUUACGCCUAGGAUCAUGAAACUUCAUAGGUACAUUGAUCAUGACUCGCAGAUGACCCCUAUUGAUUUUCAGGUCACUAGGUCAAAGGUCAAGGUCACAGUGACUCUACACAAAAAUGGUUUCCGGAUGAUAACUCAAGAACGCUUACGCCUAGGAUCAUGAAACUUCAUAGGUACAUAGAUCAUGACUCGCAGAUGACCCCUAUUGAUUUUUAGGUCACUAGGUCAAAGGUCAAGGUCACGGUGACUCGACACAGUAAAAUGGUUUCCAGAUGAUAACUCAAGAACGCUUACGCCUAGGAUCAUCAAACUUCAUAGGUACAUUGAUCAUGACUGGCAGGUGACCCCUAUAAAUUCUCAGGUCACUAGGUCAAGGUCACAGUGACUCGAAACAGUAAAAUGAUUUCCUGAUAAUAACUCAAGAAUACUUAGGCCUAUGAUCAUGAAACUUCAUAGGUACAUUGAUCAUGACUGGCCGAUGACACCUAUUGAUUUUCAAGUCACUAGGUCAAAGGUCAAGUUCACAGUGACAAAAAACAUAUUCACACAAUGGCUGCCACUACAACUGACAGCCCAUAUGGGGGGCAUACAUGUUUUACAAACAGCCCUUGUUGUAUAAUAAUAUGAGCCAUUUUUAACUUAGACAUGUUCAUAUACAUUUCAUAGGCAGGUUUAUAUUAAAAUCAAAUUGCACAUGAAUAUACCUUGUUCAAAGAAUCCCACCCCUCCCCAAUUGUGAUUGUGUACAGGAUGGGUGGGGUAAAGGUCACUGUUGCUUAAAAUAGCAAAAUGGAUUCCACUUAAUUCUUCCUUCAUUUUUAUUUAAUAUACAAUGAAAAAAUCUGCUCUAUUUAUGAAUAUUGAAUGUAGCUAUUUUAAUUAAACUAAAUUUAUAAAUACCUAAUAUUCAUUUAUCGUUAGAGUUACAUGUCAUUCCUGAGGUCAACAUAAAAUAGAAAAAUUGGAUUCCGUUUAGUAAUUAAACAACUAAUUGAGCUUUUGGCAUGCUACAACAUACACAGAUGGCUCCAAUCUUUAUUUAAGAUUGCAGAUGGGUGUAAGGUCUAUGUUCAUAAAUAUUGAUAAACAGUUUCUGCUCAAUUACUCACUAAAAAUUUAGCUUUUGUAUUGAUACUACCUUUGUUGUACUCGGAAACUUGAAAACAAAUUGAGGAGGUGUAAUUAAACUAACGAUAGUUGCGCAUAGGAUGGGAUCAAGGUCACUGUUACUAAAUUUGGGAAUAUUUGGUUUUCCAAUGAGGCACAUUGGGUCAAAGUCAAGUGUCAAGGUCACUGUAAGUAAAUUAACCAAAAUAGUGUUUACUCAGAAUCAAAAUGCAUGUGCCUCUGAGGAUAUUUUGCAAAUUUGACUAGUUCUAAAUUACUUGGUAGCUAUAUAUAUAUAUAUACAGUUUGGUUUAGAAAAAAAGCUGCAGAAGCUGUGACAAGCACAAGAAAAGACGACCAUGCAAUCCUUUGACAGCUCUUUUGUGUUUUUAAGUUAAUUACAUCUUAAUAUUGGCAAGAAGCAUUUAAUAAAAUAUUGAUAUAACACUGAUAUAUUUGUAUUUUUUUUUUUUAAAUGGUUUUGUUUUUGUUAUUUUUUUUCACUUGUUUGUUUGUUUUUUGUCUAGUUUCUUAUUUAAAUUGCACAAGGUCCCAUUUUUAUUCACUUUGGUUAUUUGUAUGUACAUGUAUGGCAUAAUUAUCGCAAAUAUUCAUUUACACACAUUUGCAGUACACAACAUAUUUUUAUUUUUAGUACUGUACUCCAUAUCAGCGUCAAUAUGAUAUUUUUAUGCCCCCGGAUCGAUAGAUCGGGGGUAUAUUGUUUUUGGCCUGUCUGUCUGUCUUUCUGUCUUUCUUUCUGUCUGUCAUUCUGUCCCAAAACUUUAACCUUACAGUCAAGUUUUGCAAUAACUUUUGAAAUAUUGAACAUAGCAACUUGAUAUUUGGCAUGCAUGUGUAUCUCAUGGAGCUGCACAUUUUGAGUGGUGAAAGGUCAAGGUCAUCCUUCAAGGUAAAAGGUAAAAAAAGCAGCGCAUUAGUGGGCAUUGUGUUUCUGACAAACACAUCUCUUGUUUGUAAUUUAAUGUUAACCUAAUAGUUUUCCUGUUUAAAAAUGGAAAUUAAAUCAUUAAACUUCACUAUGCAGCAAACAGAUAGUUGAAAAUAGGGCAAUACAUUUAAGUCACUAAACACUUAUGACAGAUUUUGAAAUUUAAGGGUUUUAAUAUCAACAUUAAGUUAUCGCAUUUUUUAAUGAUAACUAAUUUGCAUUGUGUUGUAUUUAGUGAGAAGUUUCGUCCAUGUGUGUAUACAUUUUCAUAAUACUGAGUUAAUUAUUUUGUGUCAGAGAUAACUCCAGUUGAUUAUUCACUAGUGACAGAGUUUAUAUCCUUAAGACAGGAGUUUGUGAUUUAGUUAAGUCACGUGUGACAUUAUGAAUAUCCUUGUGGCAGAGUAAGGUCAUUUUCUUGCUUCUUACUGGCAUAGUUUUGUCCAUGACAAAUCUUAACAAGUUUUAAUUGCAUCUUAAUGGAUAUAACAGUCUUUUAAACAUUUGAUCUUUAGUUGCACUGGUUGAGAAAGUGCAAUUUAUUGUGUUAAACUGUCCCGUCACAUGUAUUUAGUAAUAUAUAUUUUAGUUAUGUGUUUUAGUUAGAUCAGGUUACCGGUAGCGCCGUAUGGAAUCCAAUCUAGUUACACCCCUAUGAUAUUGUGCCAUAAUCAAACUUGAUAUCACAAACAAGUAUGCAUUUAAAUAGGAACCUGACGUGUAAAGUACCUGCAUACUGCAUAUAUUAUAUAGUUGAAUAUGUAUUGUGCCAAAUAAAAGAUGCAUCUGCUUUUUGGAAGCAACAUCAAAUUAUAAAAA